UGGAAAAAAUGCUCAGACAACAUUGUUAUCAACUCACGCCCUGACUGUUUUUAUUUUUCAGCUGGCCCACAUGAUCCUGCCCGAGGAUGAAAACUUCCUGUUAGUUUUUCGCAGAGAAGCUCCUCUGGACAACAGUGUUGAUUUCAUGAAGAUUUGGAGGAAGUACGAUGUCGACUGCAGCGGCUACAUCUCGGCUCAGGAGCUCAAGGCCUUCCUGAAAGACUUGUUCCAGCAGCACCACAAGGAAGUGCCAUCCGAUAAGCUGGACGACUACACCGACACAAUGAUGAAAAUCUUUGACAAAAACAAGGAUGGACGUCUGGAUCUGAACGAUUUGGCCAGGAUCUUGGCUUUACAAGAGAAUUUUCUGCUACAGUUCCAGAUGGAUGCCUGCAGCAAAGAAGAGAGGAAGAGAGACUUUGAGAAGAUCUUUGACCAUUACGAUGUUAGUAAAACAGGAGCUCUGGAGGGUCCUGAGGUGGAUGGUUUUGUCAAAGACAUGAUGGGGCUGGUCAGGCCCAACAUCACAGGUCCUGAUCUGGACCAACUGAGAGUUGUUCUGCUGCGCCACUGCGACGUCAACAAGGAUGGAAAGAUCCAGAAGAACGAGUUGGCUCUGUGUCUGGGAGUUAAACCCAAACCUUAGAUCUGUAUUAAUGUAUCCUGAGACACUGGCUCGGUGUGUAUUGUACAGUGAAAUAUGCUAGAAUGUUCUGAUCCAGAUCAGUCUGAUUACGGGGUUAUUUAAGGUCAAUAUUCAUAAAGUUUGUCUGGACCCUGAAUAAGUUAAAACCGCAGUUUGACACUAUGUGAUUAAAGAUAUUAAAUGACCUGAUAUCAUAGUUUCUCGUGCAUGUUUAAGGACCAAAAGAAAACAAUGAGAUGUGUGUGUGUUUGUUUGUUUGUUUAAAUGGCUGUGCUGUGGGAAGUCUGGUAUAUUAGUCAGUGUGCUGUUCAGAAAAACUAGAAGUAGCUUUUAAAAACAGCAUGUUUUUAUUGGCGGUAAAAGAUUUUCUCAGAGCAUACUGACUGCUACAAACAUUUGGCCACUUGUAUGUUUCUCUGCCUGAAUAAAGGGUUAAGUGCAGGAUGUUGCUUAAUGUAUUUUUAAUAUAAUGAUCAGUUGAGAAAAC